AUGUCACGUACUACAAAGAAGUAUUGGGAGUCAAUCAGCACCUCGAAAGCCGCUGGUCUGGAUAAUAUCCCUCCUAAACUGGUCAAAGAUGCUGCAGAGGAGCUUGCCACGCCAUUAACUACCCUUGUAAACCGUAGCCUGACGUGUGGACUUUUUCCAACCGCUGAAAAAGCUGCCAAGAUAUCACCAAUUUAUAAGUCUGAAGAUAAAACGGCUCUUGACAACUACCGACCCAUUUCAGUGUUACCAGUGUUUUCAAAAGUACUGGAGAGAGUCGUCUGUAAUCGCUUGUCAUACUACCUCGAGGAAAACAAUCUUAAUGAUUCCCAGUAUGGAUUUCGUCAAAAGCGAUCAACCAAGCACGCCGUGACAAUCGUCAUGGACGACAUUAGAACAAGUAUGGACAACCAACAGCUGACAGGAGCAGUUUUUCUCGAUCUACGAAAGGCUUUCGACACAGUGAACCACGCACGUCUCCUUAACAAACUACCUUCCUAUGGCAUUAAUGACGUUGAGCUAAUGUGGGUAUCAAGUUAUUUGUUUGCCCGAACUCAAGUUGUAAACUUCGAAGGGACGUUAUCAGAGGAAAAUUACAUCACUCACGGAGUACCACAAG